AUGAUGACGUGCCGUCUGCUGUGCGCCCUGUUGGUGCUCGCCCUGUGCUGCUGCCCGUCAGUGGGCGCGACAGAUGCUAAUGAAGAUGAAGAAGGUUCCGGUCCAACGACGUCUACGCCAGGGAAACAAGCUCAGGAAACGGAAUCGCCUAGUACAACUUCUUCCCCGCCAAAGAUAAACGAUGAAGGGGGAGGGACGGGUCAGUCACAGGAAACGGGUACAAUAACCAGAACGCCACAGUCACAAAAUACUUCCAGUAAUACACAGGGUCAAGAUGGUGGGAAGUCUAAUGAACGGACAGAACAUACGAAUGCCGUUACGGCAAAUGAACAAAAGAAGGCCGCCGCACCAACAACGACCACCACGAGUAGAACACAGGCACCAACCACUACGACAACCACAACCACCACUGCGCCAGAGGCAACAAGUACUACGGCUACAGAGGCGCCAACCACGACGACCACCCGCGCACCGUCACGUCUUCGCGAAAUCGACGGCAGCCUCAGCAGCUCUGCGUGGGUGUGUGCCCCGCUGGUGCUCGCCGUAUCCGCGCUGGCGUACACCACUCUGGGCUGA